AUGUUUCAGAAGCGUAUUUGCUUGCGUAAUCUAAGUACAUAUCUGAUAUCUCAAAACUUGUCAACUUAUUGGAACGAAAAAAAAUCUGUUUACCGCGAUUCCGCGUCGAACAAUCUCGAGAGGUGUGAAUUUCCUAUUUUGCUUCAAAUGCGGGAUUAUAUUACUUAUUGUCGAAAAAUAGCCACGUCUAGCGCAACGGAGGCUUCUACUUCUCUUAGUGGUUUGGUGAAGGAUGUCAAUUAUUACCGCCAGCUUUGGUGGAAGACCGGUAACAUUCACCCCAAAGCUAUGUGGAAUGAGGCGACCUUACCAUACGAACUCAAGACUGGUGUGUCGCUUGAUGAGUAUAUUUUGAAGACAGAUAAAUAUAAAGUGAAGGGUCUUUGGGAGUGGGAAAAUGGAACCGUUCGUGUUAUCGAACUUCCUUCAAUGUUUCACGAGACUUGCGUCGCUACCAUAAUGAAGUUUUUGGGCGCAUCAGUUCUUCCUGUAGCGAGCACUAAUUCUGAUCUUAUUUUCUUUGGUGCGACGACAACAAAAACACCACAAAGAGGCAGUGAAGCAGAUGGGUCUAUUACACCUGUAGGAAAACUUCAAGUGCCCAGUGGUGGAUCUGAUGGAGGGAAUAAACCCUGGCCCAAUCUUGUAAUAGAGGUCGCUUAUGCCGUAACUGAGGCGGAACUUAAGAAGAAGAUAGAGACAUACUGGCUCGCUCCUAAUAGAGCUCACGAUGCAAUUGGCAUUAACUUCAACUAUAUACCAGGCAUGCGCCCAACGGAGAUGACGGCUUGGCAUUAUUGUAUAAAUAAUCGAACAGCCGUUGGUGCACUCGCUCCCAUCAUGUAUGAAUUCGGCACGAUUGAUCGUCAAGGAAAUCCCCUCAACAUUGUACCGGGACAAUGCGUGAUCAAUAUCCCAUUGAGAUGCCUUUAUGAUGGGAUGCCACCUACCUUCGUGAUUCCCUCACCCCCUCUACCUGACCCUAUUUCCCUCGAUCUCUUUCAUGUUCGUUCUUGGAUCACCUUGUCACAUUUCUACAUAAACAUACAGAAUUAUGGACGAGACUAUUUUCAUGCAGUUUCACUAGAUCCAAACAUUUUAUUGACCCAAAAAACUUGGGAUGGUGCUCUCGCCUUUAAAUCGGUGCCACGUGAUAGAUGA